AUGUCCGACCUCGCGAACCGCAAGGUCUUCAAGGUUUUCAACCAGGAGUUCGUCGUCGACGAGCGAUACAACGUGACAAAGGAGCUGGGACAGGGUGCCUAUGGCAUUGUCUGCGCCGCGACCAACAACCAGACUGGCGAGGGCGUAGCCAUUAAGAAGGUCACCAAUGUCUUCAGCAAGAAGAUCCUCGCCAAGCGCGCCCUGCGCGAGAUCAAGCUGCUGCAGCACUUCAGAGGGCACCGCAACAUCACAUGUCUCUACGACAUGGACAUUCCCCGCCCUGACAACUUCAACGAGUGCUACCUCUACGAGGAGCUCAUGGAGUGCGAUCUGGCUGCCAUCAUCCGCUCUGGCCAGCCCCUCACCGACGCCCAUUUCCAGUCCUUCAUCUACCAGAUUCUCUGCGGUCUGAAGUACAUCCACUCGGCGAACGUCCUCCACCGCGACCUCAAGCCCGGCAACCUGCUCGUAAACGCCGACUGCGAGCUCAAGAUCUGCGAUUUUGGUCUGGCCAGAGGCUUCUCCAUGGACCCCGAAGAGAAUGCCGGAUACAUGACCGAAUACGUGGCUACCAGGUGGUACAGAGCACCCGAGAUCAUGUUGAGUUUCCAGAGCUACACAAAAGCCAUCGAUGUAUGGUCGGUUGGUUGCAUUCUGGCUGAGCUCCUCGGCGGCAAACCCUUCUUCAAGGGUCGCGACUACGUGGAUCAGCUCAACCAGAUUCUGCACUACCUUGGAACACCCAACGAAGAGACACUGUCGCGCAUUGGGUCCCCCCGCGCCCAAGACUACGUGCGCAACCUCCCUCGCAUGCAAAAGAUCCCCUUCCAAUCUCUCUUCCGCAACGCCAAUCCCGAUGCUCUCGACCUCCUCGACCGUCUGCUUGCCUUCGAUCCCUCGAGCCGCAUCUCUGUCGAGGAAGCGCUCGAGCACCGCUACCUGCAGAUCUGGCACGAUGCCUCGGACGAGCCGUCCUGCCCGACGACGUUCGACUUCCAGUUCGAGGUCGUCGACGAGAUCCCGGAGAUGAAGCUCAUGAUUCUUGACGAGGUCAACCGCUUCCGCCAAAUGGUGCGCGUCCAGCCUGGUGCUGGCGGCGCGGGGCAACAGCAGGCGGGCCAGCAGGUCCCGAUUCCGAACAACUACGACCGCGCGGGCUAUGAGGACCCAAGGCCACAAGAAGCGUUCAAUCAGCAGACAGGGCAGUGGAACGAUUUGGAGAGGGAUUUGCAGGGGUUGGACGGGAGGCUGAGAUAG